UGAAGCCACACAGGAAGUGGACUUUCUCACCAACAUCAAACUGUAGCUGUGUUUCAGUCUUUCGCUCAGUCAGUCAGCAGCAAGACGUCAUGGAGGUCACAGCUCUCAGACUGAUGAUAAACAUGUGGUUGCUGCUGCAAGUCCAGGACAAUUAUUGUGCUUUGAAAGCUGAUGCAGCUUUUCUUCGAGUCACUCCAGCCAGACUUCAGCACUUUGAAUACAAGUCUGUUUCUUUUGACUGUGAGGGGUUUGAUGGGGAACUUGGCCUGAGAGUGAUGAAGAAGAGCCAGAAUGCAAACACGUGCAGCACUAACAGGAACAUUCAGAAAGGAUCCCUCUGUACCAUUGAAACAGUUUAUAUAGACGACAGUGGAGAGUACUGGUGUGAGACUGGAGACGGAAAGAAAAGCGACACUGUCAACAUCACUGUUACUGCUGGGUCUGUGAUCCUGGAGAGUCCGGUCCAUCCUGUGAAGGAGGGAGAUGCUGUGACUCUACGCUGCAGGAACAAGACAGCUUCCUCCACCAUCUCAGCGUCCUUCUAUAAAAAUGGCUUCCUCAUCAAGAACAGCUCAGCUGACAACAUGAUCAUCCCCAGUGUCUCCAGGUCUGAUGAAGGACUGUACAGGUGUAACAUCUCUGGAUCUGGAGAAUCACCUCAGAGCAGACUGACUGUCAGAGUAUUUCAGAAGGAGACGAUCGCCAUUUGUUCCGAUCAGCUUCCUGUUCUCCUCUACCUCUUCGUGAGGAUUGUUGGCACCAUGUUAUGGGCGGCUCUGCUCCUGCUGGUGUUGAGAAAACGUGACAGUGGGAAAGACAGAGGUAAAUAAAAUAAAAAAUACCAUCGACGCAGUGAAAACACCUGACCAAACCUGAGUAAAACCAUGCCACAUAGAACCCGAGUCUAUGGAAAUAGAACUGUUUCUUAUUUGUCUGAUUUAACUUCUUAAACUUAUUCAUUAUAUUCAAAUAUGACAGAUACCUAUAAGUAAAUGUGUCAGUGCUGUGACCACUGAGUUUCAUCAGAUGAAGUUUCUCAGGGUGAAUGCAGGUCCAGAUAUUUCUGCUGUCUUUAAACCACACCGUGUUUCUAAUACCAUGUUUCUAAUACCAUGUUUCUAUCUUUAUUUUAACCUGAGUGUUAAACCGUGAUGAAGCCUGAGCAGUGACCACAGUGUCUCUGUGAAAACAAGCUGUGGGUGAGUCACUGAGAGCUGAGGUCACGUACUUUGGUUUAGAUCUAAACACCUGCUGAAUCUUUGAUUCUUUAAAUAAUCUGUACAUCUAAGCCCCAGUGUGUCAGGAUAUUAAUAUCAGAAUGCAUCAUGUGACAGAUCAAGCAUGAAGUGCUGCUGAAAAUACACAGUCAAUGUGAACAGAUGGAAGAUGAAUAAUCUGCUCUG